UGUUCUGGACGCACGAUAGUUGUUGAGCUUGGUUGGUAUUGUAUAGCAUGUUCUUUAGCCCACUCAUUGGCAGGGGUGUGGAGAUGGGGGUUCGCUCAUGAAGUGACUUGUGAAAAACAUUCGGAAUGGAUUGUGAUUAGAGCGUUAGGUUCUGGUGACUUGUAAGGUAUCAUGCUAAUAUGAAGUGCCGGCGAAUAUCAAUUUGACUUUUUCCAUUGAAAUUGUCCUUGCGGUAAUGCUGGAACGACUUACAAACGAAACACGUAAACUUUCCCGACAUCGAAGGGUCUCGCCUCUCCAGUGAUACACGAAGGCCAUCUCUAAGCUUUUAUGCGUUAUGGAGGGCAAACCAUUAGAACCGUGGCCAGCCAGCCAACCUGUCUGAAGUGAAGACGAUGUUACGAAAUGCAACAGCUCCAGUGAGCGAAGUACCAAGCCUUCCAUCUGUUUUGGAUCGGCCGAGGACGAGUGAAAAAGUCAUGUGUUUAUCCGUCUGGUAACUGAGAGGAUGAACCAGCCAACGUGUUAGUGUUGGUGAGCGGUCUGGGAAAACUGGAUAUCCUGUGAGUGCUGGCCAGGAGCUUCGAGCUGGGAGAGAAAAUUUGUUUCUGGCCAAAAGUUACUCUGCGCGUUUUGCUGUGUAGGUGUUGCAAGAAAAGUCAUGGAAACGGUUCAAGCUCACGGCGGAUGAUUACUACUGGUUAGUCUUGGAGUGGUGGUUCAAUGUGAAGGAAAUCGGGCCGUUGAAAUGUAAGCUCAAUGUACCGUUCAGGUGUGCUCAAAAGUGUUCUGUCUGGUGUGUCCUGGUGGGAUUUUUUUAGUGCGGCGCUAUGAAUGAUAAAAGUUUGUAAUGCCAGGCUUUCGUUGCAGUCAGUGAUGCGAAAAAAUGAGGAAUGACAAGUGUUGAACGAUGUGAAAAAAUGCAGUUAUUUCGAUGUUAUUUCUUCUAGUUGUGCGGCAUUGUACAUGUCUAAAUUUAAAGGUUGUUCAACUCAAAUGUUACAUACAUAACGAAUGUGUGGUUGAUUCUGCAAUUGGAGAAGAAGAAUAAAUUGCAUAAGAAUAUAUACAUACAUAUAUAGUUUACAUUCGAAUAACCGGUGUUACCCUGUUGCUGUUGAUAUAGUUUAGCAAAGUUCAUGUUGGUGUUAUUAUUAUACUUGUCAUCCGAUGUAAAAUUGAAUUACGAAUUACUGGGUGUGUAAAGCCGUCGAGAAAAUAAUGUGCAUUAGGUGGUUUCGAUAAAAUCGACUAUUGUAAUUUGGAAAACGAAUACAACCAAGAGUUUUGGAGAUGGGUAACUUUAAAAGAUCUUCAUCAGUCGGAGUAACGUUUAGAAAUGAAAUGUUGUUAUACCGCCUGGUUAAUGUGUCCAUUCUAGUGUUCGUGUUGAAUAUCAAUGUAGUGAGUGGAUAUAAUCAGUUACAUAUCGGUGGAAUUUUCCCCAUCAACGGCAAAGGUGGCUGGCAGGGAGGCCAGGCUUGUAUGCCAGCCGCCAAGCUAGCACUUCAGGAUGUCAACGAGAAGGAGGAUCUCUUGCCGGGAUUUAACUUGACACUUCAUAGCAACGAUAGCGAGUGUGAGCCCGGACUCGGGGCUAGUGUUAUGUACAAUCUGCUGUACAAUGCACCCCAGAAGUUGAUGCUCCUGGCGGGCUGCAGCACGGUGUGUACGACAGUUGCCGAAGCAGCGAAAAUGUGGAACCUAGUUGUGCUAUGUUAUGGCGCAUCUAGUCCUGCCUUAUCAGAUAGAAGUAGAUUUCCUACGUUGUUUAGGACGCAUCCAUCUGCCACUGUACAUAAUCCUACUAGAAUUAAGUUAAUGCAAAAAUUUGGAUGGUCGCGGGUAGCGAUCCUUCAGCAAGCCGAAGAAGUGUUCAUAUCGACGGUCGAGGAUUUAGAAACUCGAUGUAAGGAUGCUGGUAUCGAGAUAGUGACGAGACAAUCAUUCCUUUCCGAUCCAACCGACGCGGUGCGAAACCUGCGGAGGCAGGAUGCUCGGAUCAUCGUCGGACUAUUCUACGUAGUUGCCGCCAGGCGGGUCCUGUGCGAAAUGUACAAACAGCAGCUGUACGGCAGAGCGUACGUGUGGUUUUUUAUAGGCUGGUACGAAGAUAAUUGGUACGAAGUUAAUCUCAGGAACGAAAACAUCUCAUGUACCAAAGAACAGAUGCGAAUGGCGGCCCAAGGACAUCUGACAACCGAGGCGCUCAUGUGGAAUCAAAACAAUCAGAAAACCAUCUCAGGAAUGUCAUCCGAAGAUUUUCGAAAACGAUUGAAUGAUGCACUGAUAGAGGAAGGAUACGAUAUCAACCAUAAUCGCUACCCAGAGGGAUAUCAAGAAGCACCACUGGCGUAUGAUGCCGUGUGGAGUGUGGCCUUAGCAUUCAACAAAACGAUGCAAAAACUCAAGGAAAUGAACGUGGGGAAGAACCUCAAAGAUUUUACAUAUACCGAUAAGGAAAUUGCUAACACUAUCUACGCUGCGAUGAACUCGACGCAGUUUCUAGGUGUCUCGGGAUGGGUGGCGUUCAGUUCGCAAGGUGAUCGCAUAGCUCUAACACAAAUAGAGCAGAUGAUUGACGGGCAAUACUAUAAAUUAGGAUACUACGACACACAGGCCGACAAUCUCACCUGGUUCGACAAGGAAAAAUGGGACGGCGGAAAGGUUCCACAAGACAGGACAAUCGUGCGCCGGGUGCUGAGAACCGUUUCAUUGCCGCUUUUCAUCUGCAUGAGCACCGUCUCUAGCUGUGGCAUUCUGGUGGCGUUAGCGCUCAUCGUGUUCAACAUAUGGCACCGACACCGGAGAGUCAUUCAGUCUUCGCAUCCUGUAUGUAACACGAUAAUGUUAUUCGGGGUCAUCAUCUGUCUGGUCUCAGUAAUACUACUCGGUAUCGAUGGUCAGUUCGUUACUGCUGACAACUAUCCCAAGAUUUGUCAGGCGCGGACCUGGAUCCUGUCGAUGGGCUUUACGUUGGCCUACGGAGCAAUGUUCAGCAAAGUGUGGCGAGUACACAGAUUCACAACGAAAACGAAAACCGAUCCAAAAAAAAAAGUGGAACCCUGGAAGCUCUACACGAUGGUAACGGGUCUGUUGGCAGUGGACCUGGUGAUACUGCUGACGUGGCAAAUUCAGGAUCCCCUGCAACGGCGCUUGGAAACGUUUCCCCUCGAGGACCCCACCUCCAGCAACGACGAUGUGAAAAUUCGCCCGGAGCUCGAACAUUGCGAAAGCCAUAACAACUCUGUGUGGCUAGGAGUUAUCUACGGCUUUAAAGGACUGAUACUCGUGUUUGGUCUGUUUCUUGCCUACGAAACCCGUUCACUAAAAGUGAAACAGAUCAACGACUCACGAUACGUGGGUAUGAGCAUCUACAAUGUCGUAGUGCUAUGUCUAAUUACUGCCCCGGUGGCGAUGGUCAUCGCCUCCCAGCAGGAUGCAUCUUUUGCGUUCGUUGCACUAGCUGUUAUCUUCUGCUGUUUUCUCAGCAUGUUGCUAAUAUUUGUGCCAAAGGUAAUCGAGGUCCUACGGCAUCCAAAAGAUAAAGUGGAAUCGAAAUUUAGCAACGAAACUGGUAUCUCCAAAGAAGAUGAGGAACGAUAUCAGAAACUUGUUACGGAGAAUGAUGAUCUCCAAAAAUUGAUUGCUCAAAAAGAAGAAAAAAUUCGAAUACUUAAACAACGACUAACCGAGAAGGAAUCGACAGUUAAAAGUGGACACAACCCGCUUAGUGAUCAACAUUCUACAAAUGCUCAACUCAACAACAAUCAGCUGACUGUAGCGGCCGCGACCGGAGUGACGCAAGACCUUCGCGACGAACGGAUAUGAAAAUUAAGUCAAUUCACAACCACGUGAUAGUUACUAGUAAGACUAAACCACUUUUUAUGAACAAAUUCAUCGAACAACCAUUAGCGUGGAUAGCGGCGAAAACGGAUUCUCGUAACUCACAUGUUCGACGUACUGCAUAGAUAGAUAGUAACGCAUCAUGCAUCGGAUUGCUGUACACCAUUUUCGUCCUGUUUUUCUACGAAAUGUUAAAGUUUUGUACAAUCGUAUUUUAACGUAUUUGACAUUGGCUCGAGAAAUGUUAAUAAACCAAACGAAUCACAAUGACAAACAAAAGCGAUUGUUUCUGCAAGUGUUUAGAUGAUCUUUUGUAAAUAGGAAUUUUAAAAAGAUGUUCCACAAACUACAAAUUAGGUGGGAUCGAUUCAAAUGUUUUGUUUUGAAAACGUUAGAAGAAAUUUGUAAAAUGAAAACAGAAGUUAUUUUAUAUCCGUAAUAAAAAUCGACAGUGUAGUGCAAAUGAA